CGUCACAUUGCGGACGUCGCACCCUCUACCCACAAUGCAUGUAACAAUUCAAGAUGGCGACUUACAUGGCAGCAGGUUGAAUGAAUAGAGGAACAAAACAACUUGAGGAAAUCUUCUUCCAAAUUGUUUCCGUGUUAUAUUGUGCCAUAUAUAGACGUCUAAGAAUUUUAGCAUCCAUUUCGGGUGCUUAGUGGUACUAAAGAGUUGUUGGAUUUGCAAGGAAACGCAAAAUAUCGGCUGGACAUGGCAACUUUAGGCGUGGGAAAAUCAUCGCAUCCACAUCCACACACAGUGCAACUGCAAGGAAAGGAUAAGGGAUUUCGAUCACAGGGAUUUUUGACCGGCCGGGAAUCGGCGAAAGCAAUAUUCCACGAGUUGUAUGCUGUUGCAGACGAAAAUACAGGGAGGAAAUCCCCAACUAAUGACAAGAAAAAGAAGAAGAAUGAAAAGAAGGGAUCAGAUCAAAAGAAGGAUAAAUCAGCAGAGAGCAUCACCUUCCAACCGCCGAGCAUCGAGCUACCAGACAAUGCCUCUUCCUUCAGCGCCUAUGCAGCCGUACGGCAGUGCAUCCUUGAGAGAGAGAUAAGAGAGAGGGCUAUCAUCUUGGCUUGCGCCAGUGAUGGAAAGACGGAAGAUGGAAAAGGGGAGGAGGAGGAAGAGAAGGAGGAUGACAAGCUUAUACCGCUUCCAAAGGUGGUUGGGCUAGGUCUUCGUAGUGUCUUUGAGUUGAUCCGUCAGACACGUGCGUCUCAUCCAGACUUCUGUGCCAAAGCCUUACAAGCUCUCCUAGACAUACUCCAAGGUCAAACACCAGAGGGGCUCAGUAAAGAACCUGAUGAUAUCCUUGGGUCUUUAUUUGAGCUAUUAAUGAACCUUGCUACAUCACCCCUUGAGAAUGACACCCAUUCCCUGACCACGCUCAGUAGCGCUUGUCUUCUGAGUCUCAUGGUUGCUAUGGGCAACACAGGUAAACUACUCACAGGCAUCUCGACUCUACUGAUGAUAGUCGGUCAGAGACCUUCACAAGCUUUACAGGUUCCUGCUAUCAUCGUUGCUCUUCAACGCAGCGUCCAUGCUCUGCUGGUUGGCAAGACACUCUUUCCUGAUUGGUUGACGCUAGGUGUACCGAACCAAUCGCUCAUUGAUACUUGGUCCAUCCCUGGCCUUAGUCUAGAAGCAUCUAAUGCUACCGGUUACAGUGCAAUAGCCAGUGAUGGACGCUAUCUCUACAUACAUGGUGACAAGGGACUAAGAAAGAUUGGAUCAGGCUACUCUGGAACUAUCAGGGGUGAGCUGUAUGCCUGUAAUGAAAACUUCUACCCUGGUGAGAGAGGGUGGCUAGGAUUCAGUAGAAACCAACUACUCUUCAAAUGUCAAGAAGGGAAUGAAGCCGCAAGGAAUAUGCUGGUGAGAGUAGGGACCACUGACCUCCAGGAACAGGGGCAACUUGCCAUGCCAUCAGUCGCUUGUUCAAACACUGGUCUAUUCUUCAGUGAUGGUAUUAAUCUUGGUAUUCUAACUUCAGUGACAGAUGACACAUUUAUAGUACACACCCUUGGUUCCUUGAGCGCCUUCUCUCUUGGUGUAGGUGGUGAACUUCAGGCCAAGCUGGCUAGGAAGUGUCUCAUGGCCUACGGUGAGGCCAUGCCGGGAGGCGACAAAGAUGCCAAAGAAUCAGAAGAAAUAGAUCCAGGCACUAAUGAGGAGAUAGUGAUGGUUGGAACAGGGAAAGAGUUCUCAAUUCUAAGGACAUCCUCAGGAAAGGUGUACUUCAUGGGCAAGUCUCAGAGCUUGGGGAUCAAGCAGAGCAGUACCACCCCCGGUCCCAGUAAGUGGACGGAGCUCCCUAUCUCCAGGUCACCUACCAUCGUCCAGUGUAGUACGGGGCAUGAUGGUCAUCAUGUGGUCAUGCUAGCCGACGAUGGGUCAACGUACUUUGCCGGCACGGCCAGGAAAGGUGAAGACGGCGACCAAGCAGUGAAAGGUCGUCGUCAGAUGAAGCCCAUCAAACCGGUGAAGAUGCUGCGCCUGGAUGGUAAACAUGCCGUACAAUCAGCCUGUAAUAACGGCAGUACGGCAGUGGUUACGAGGGAAGGUGAACUCUACCUGUUUGGGAAAGACGACCAGAAUACCGAGGCUUCUACAGGUCUUGUGACUGAACUAAAGGGUACCCCGAUCAAGGAAGUAGCGUUAGGCAAGGCCCAUGUCUGUGCAUUGACCACCACCGGACAACUGUAUACCUUUGGGAUCAGCAACAAGGGUCAAUGUGGACGAGGGGUCAUUGCUGGACAUCCUGCCAAAGAAGGUGCAAUAUCUGAUGGGUUGCCCAUAGCAACGGAAGAUGACGUUGAAGAGGAGGAAGCGGAGAAGGAGGAGGAGUCAUGUCAGCAUGAGUUAAUCACUGAUCAAUGCAUGAUCUGUACAUCAUGUGGGGAGUGUACAGGGUAUGGGGAUAGCUGUAUUAGGAGUCAACGACCUGGGAGGAGGCCUGGACAGAUCUGCGGUUGCGGAUCGGGCGACGCUGGCUGCAGCAAAUGCGGGAUAUGCAGGGUCUGUAUAGGUGAAGGCAAUGGCGUCAUGGCCGCUGGGGUUGGUCUGAACGCUGCUGGCGAGAACAACCAGGGUAACAAUCGAGGCCGCGGAGGGGGAGGAGGAGGCGGCGGUGGCGGCAAUGUGGUGAUGAUGGGUAACGGCGCCCCCAACGACUGGCUUGGUCAUCUCAGGGAUGCGUUCAAUCGGAGGAAGGUCCACCACAGACAGUUGGACUGGGUGCUCGGCAAGGACAAAGGAAAGGAUGAAGCUAAUAACAGUGGAGAUGAUCGUGAACCUGAGAGAGACUUCGGCAAACAUAUCAUCCAUCCUCCUGGUGUGGUUACCAUAGGAACGGGACAAACAUCAAUCAAACAAAUUGCAUGUGGUCUACAUCAUUCAGUGGUUCUUCUAGAGAAUGGUGAGGUGUUUUCCUUUGGUCUUGGUAACCACGGUCAACUAGGACAGAGAGACUCGGCAAACAGAUCAAGUCCAGUGAAGAUGGCAAUAGAUGAGAGAGUCACCCAGAUUGCUGCUGGUAGCAGUCAUACAGUGCUUCUCACAGAGACAGGAAGGGUCUUUACGUGUGGUAGCUUUCAGGUUAGUAAGAAUCUUGGUAGCAGUCAUACAGUGCUUCUCACAGAGACAGGAAGGGUCUUUACGUGUGGUAGCUUUCAGGUUAGUAAGAAUCUUGGUAGCAGUCAUACAGUGCUUCUCACAGAGACAGGAAGGGUCUUUACGUGUGGUAGCUUUCAGAAAGGGCAGCUAUGCCGACCCGUCCAAGAGGAGAACAAUGCUGCAGGUGCCGUAUCACACACCGUUCCCGCCCCGGUCCCCUCCUUAGGGGUUCGCUGUAGUCGGAGAGCUACGUGGAUCGCUGCAUGUGGGGACAAGACGUUUAUCAAGAUAGACGAGGCUCUCAUCAGUCCGAAGAUGCUCACUGAUUCACUUGUCUUUGCUGAUCAAUCUGAAAUAGGUAUCCUCCCAAAUGAUGAGACGGUAUCUUCAGUGAAAUGCUUGAUGCUGAAUCGUAAAGAUGGCAGCUGUACCAGCUUUAUGGGUGCUGACCAGACUAGCUUCAAAGGUUGUAGUGUGUGUCUAGAUCCCUUCUACAGAGUUCUAUGGAGCUACAAUCCACUGCUUCAUCAGAUCCAGUGCUUCAACAUCCUCAAGACUGGUUCCUCCUUUCCUGCUUCCGCUGGCACCACCCUCCAGGAGCUACCCCCUGCCGCUUCCAUCCUCACCCCUCAGCUGGCCCUUCCCUGCACCCCUCACAUCCCCAUUGACGGCUCCCAGAUCGCCCUCAAUGUCCUGGCCUGCCUGGAUUCCUUGGUGGCCAGCCGAGAGUUGGGGCUCACCAUCUCGGAGUCGGAGACUCAGGUCCAGACUGUUGCCAAGGUCUAUACCAAAGAAGACUUCAGUGUGGUCAACCGGUUUGAAGGUUAUGGAGGUGGUUGGGGUUACUCCGGUCAUUCUGUUGAAGCAGUACGAUUCUGUCCUGAUGCAGACAUCCUACUGGGUGGAUUUGGUCUGUUUGGUGGUAGAGGAGAGUACAGUGCUAAGAUCAAGGUGUAUGAUCUUGGAACAAAAGGUGGAGAUUAUGAGCUGGAUGGAGAGUGGUUGGCAGAGAGUGAUGACAUCACCUUUGAUUGUGGAGCAAGAGAGAAGUUUCCUAUACUAUUUGAGGAGCCUGUACCAUUGACAGCCGGUAACUGGUAUGUAGCGUGGGCUAGGGUGAACGGACCAAGCAGUGAUUGUGGAUCCAGUGGCCAGGGUACAGUUACAACAGAGGAUCAAGUGUCGUUCCAGUUCAUGAGUUCCAAGAAAUCCAACAAUGGAACCGACAUCAACGCAGGGCAGAUUCCACAGAUACUCUACAGGAUGCCGCAACCCGAUGCUAACAACUACCGAGGUAAAUCAUCUCACGGGGAGCCUGUUCACAUUCUCUCAUCAUCGUUCAGUAGCUCGGUAACACCGGAGGUGUUUGAAUCUCUCUUGAAACUUCUUCAAUGGAGCUGGACAACGUUCAAGAAGAAUGUGGAUGAGGUCUCAAAGAAGAAGGACCAGGAACUCUUAAACGCGUGCAAUGAGUUAGACAGACUAGUUUACAUUGCUUCUGCCUGUCUUAGAUUACUAAGAAAUCAUGUGUGUGAAAUAUACCCUAAUCCAGGGACUGGGAAACGUCCGAAUAGCGGAUCAUCACAGCUCCCAGAAUGCAUCUCCAUGACCUGUGACCUUCUGAAGCGGAUACUCGGUGAGCUGACGGAGAUGGAGGUACAACGAGCCGCAGGAGACGCUGACAGGUCGUUGCUGACCACUUCAUCAGAUACCGUUUCACACUGCCUCAGGAGGAUCGUGAGGGGCAUUGUCGAGGAGUGCCAUCGCACCUUUGUGCAUUGUUUCCAUGCCUUCUACCCUACACCACAACUCAAGUGGGUCUUUCUCUGUGAUCUUCUCAACUCCAGCAAAAAUUGUCUUGCCCCAGUUGCCAAUGGUCACCUUCUGGCCGCGGUGCUAGAAGCCCUGUGUGACUCGACGGUCAAACUGACCAAAGUCUUGCCCAUCUUGAGGGAACAUCCAGACCAGAAUCCCCAGGACCAGAAUGCAGCAGUACCUCUUCCUGUUCCCUUCGCCAAACAGCUCUCAAUGGAGGAUUCACCAAGUGCUGCUCAGGCUGAAGCAAGGGCACAGUUCCCGGAGCUUGUAGUUCAUAUGGAAGAUAGGGUUCAGGAUGAAGGAGUGAUAGCACUCAACACUAGUUUCCAAGAAAUCCUCGACAAGCUUCUCAUCCUCUUAACAACUCCCGUCAGAGAAGCCUUAGAUAAGAAGCAGCAGUGCUCUCCCAGCUCCCUGGUGAAGAAUGCCAGCAGACUGCUAACAUGUAUCGUGAGUGAACUGUCAGCAAUGGCAUGCAUCAGCGAGAGCGACAAUCAGACCUCGGGACGCCCUCUAUUGACCACCCCAUCACGAUUCAAUCGGGUGAGUCAGAACCGCGGUUGGAGUACUGGUAACGGCACCCCUGAUGCGGUUUGCUUCAGUGUUGACAAGCCUGGUAUCAUGGUGGCUGGCUUCUGCGUCUAUGGAGGUGUAGGAUACUACAACUAUGAACUAGAACUGCUUGAUGGGAGCGAGGUGGGGCCAGACGGUCACAGCCAACGAUGGAACUCGUUGGAGCUCGUCAAAGGGUCCUACGGCCAUCUUGACCUUGCCAAGGACAUUGCAGAGAUCAAGUUUGACCGUCCAGUCCCGGUUAAGGAAGGGAUCAAGUAUGCGGUCAGACUACGUAACCAUGGUAACAGGACGGUGAACGGAGACGGUGGGAUGACCCAUGUGAAAUGUCCUGACGGAGUGACUUUCUCGUUUAGUUUAUGUAGAUUGAGUAGCAAUGGAACAAGUCAAACAAGGGGGCAGAUACCUCAGAUUCUCUAUUACAAUACUGCGGCAGAGAGUGAAACUCAGAGGGUGGAGCCUAAAUCUCAGGUUGUUGAACAGCAAGCAAGGGUCAAUGUUCUUUCUAUCAUGACAACCAUCGUCAAGGCAGCUAGUGAACUACUGAAGAAAACUGAUGGUUGCCUAGAUUUGGAGAUUCCUGCAAUCUUUACAUCAUCUCAUCUAUUCUCGCAGCUUCUACCUCUAGUCCUAGCCUAUAUUGGUCCUGUUACAUCAGCUGAUCCUAAGAGUGCAGUACAGGUCUUGGAUCUCUUGAAGGACCUCCUCCCUCCGGUGGCUUCCAUCAAUCAACAGUUUGCCCCGCCCACUCCACCUGUCAAUCAAAGUACAGAUAGUUGCAAUGGCCAAUCAGCAGCUGAUGUUCACACCAUCACCACCUCCAUGCAUUAUGCUGUGGUGGAGAGUGACCACCCCUAUAAGCCUGCCACCGUCGCAAAUUAUAAGGUGUGUUUCCCAGAUUCAGUGCAAUGGAUGUUACUGCAGUUCGAUCCUCAGUGUGGCACCGCUCAGCCAGAGGACAGUCUCCAACUCUACAUUCCAACCACCCAUCAGCACCCGACCAACGCGCCCCAAGCCAGCGCUUCCACAUCUCCAUCCCCGGUUUCGUCCUCGUCCGUAACCGCGUCCUCUACGGUGACGGUUAGCCAGGUUGACAAGGGGCCGUCGGCCGCUAGGUCGUGGCCAGUCAUCAAGAAGUGCCACGGUAAAACCAACUGGCCUUCAUCGGCUGUUGUGCUACCAGGCAAUGAAGUAUCAUUUGUGCUUGGUACGGCAUCAGACUACGUGAAGGAUGAGAAAGCCAAUAUGUAUGGGUUCAAGUGCACCAUUAUAGGCUAUGAAUGGAUUCCAGCUUGUGAUGAGGGAUUGAUUAACCUUGAGAAAGAGAUAGCUUACCUUGGUGGUAUGUGUGCUGCAUCUAUGAUGAAGAAAGAUAUCAGUCUUCCUCCAUCGUCUGUCGAGACGGGAAACGAGGAGGUGGAACUCAUCACUGAAGCAGCUGAAGAGAUAUUCAGUAGCCAUGCAAGCCUCCUAUGCCGUGGGUUUGCCCUCGCCCAGCCUCCGUCCAUCGAGCAAGCCUUGGAAGGGAACUUGCCAUUGAGUACCCAGUCAAACGAGAGGGCUUUCCUUCGAGACUUUGUCAUGUGCGCACCCGGGACUAGCGGAGGUAGACUAGCGAGGUGGUUACAGCCAGAGUCAUAUGUAGAGCCUCGUCAGUGUGAUGUGAUAUUCACGCGAGAUGAGAUCAGAUGUAGUGUUCCGACUGUAGUGACUGUGCUGAGCAGAGACCAGUAUGGUGGACUGGUGUUUGUACCUGGUUUAAAGGUGGAAGUAGAAGCUGUCCCUGUCGGUAAACGAGACCACCCCUACCAAUCCUCCAAGUUCCAGAAGCCACCCAACUCUGGGGACAAAGACUUGACCUUUGGGGGUCACAAGCCUCCGACCUUUGACACGGCCUUUGAGCCGGUGAUGAGGAGGGGGGUGUCGGUGUACAACUCCAUCACCAUGAUGAAGGAGUACGAGGAUUACUCCUUUGAGGAGCUGAGGUUUGCUUCUCUUCCAGUUACAAGACCCAAUGAGAGUAUGCUUGUCAGAGAUAACAAUGAUGGGAGCUAUACAGCAAACUGGACCCCAAGUUCGAUUGGACUCUAUUCAGUUCAUGUUACCAUAGAUGGACAUUCAUUAGAGGACGUUCCUCAAGUAGAGGUUAACGACCCUCCCCAUGGUGUUCUUCCGCCCAACUCCACACCCAAGAAGACCUCUCCACCUGUCAACAAGAUGAGGAAGCUCAUUGCCAAGUACUGCCGGGGGCUCCGGAUUAGGAGUGCGCCCUCUCUGCAGAGUGAACAGAUAGGGAUCGUUGACGUUGGCGGUGUUAUCAUCUUCACCGAAGAGCUCCAAAAUGAGGAUGGUAUAUGGGUGCGGCUCACCCAAGAAAGCAUCAAGAAGUAUUGUCCAGACAACGGUCAUCGCGAGGGUUGGUGUCUUCUAUAUAAUCAGCACAUAGGCAAGACCUUUCUCUUCCCUGUUGAGGAGUCCAAGUCUAUUUAUGACGACCGUCCCGAGAGAAGGGAAUCUCCAUCUGCCAGCGGCCUCAAGAGUUUGGAUCCCGACAGCCCUGCUCUUGUGAAGCCCAAAACAGGAGGUCCUGGGUUGUAUCAGGUGAUUAACUGUGGCCCGUCAGGUCAUAACAUCCGCUGUAGGGCCAGUCUGAAGGCCACGCCCAUUGGUAUGAUGGUGAUGGGAAACCAGGCUAACGUCGUACAAGAGGUUCGGCUAGGUGACGGUUCCAUCUGGGUAAAACUGGACAAGGCUGGUAUGACCCGAUACUGUGAGAACACCAAGGGAGAAGCAUGGGCUCUCUCAUUCAGUAAAGGUGUCACCUACCUCAUGCGCGAAAAAGACCUGACUCUCACCGACAAGGAGAAGGCCAAGGCUGUUUCGGAGAACUUCUCCUUCUACUCUGUGUCGCAGGCGGGAAAAGGAGUCGUAGGUUUUGACUUCAAGAAUGCUCAGGGGCCACCUUCCUUGGGCUUUGCCCAAACAAAAGAUUUGGUACCAUACAUGUUUGGUGGUCAACCCACAGCCAAUGGUUCAAUAUCGCAUGAGAAUGGACAGCUUGAAGAUGAUGACGAUCCUUUUGAACACUUUGCUUCUGUACCAGUGACUAAUCAUGUUGAUGAGUCAGGAAACAUUGUGAACUCCAAAGAGAAAGAGAACCUUGAUCCAGCAAAGGAAGCAUUAGAAAUCAAGAGAGAAUCAAGGUCGGAAGUGAGGAAGGAACCCAGAAAGGACUCAUCUCAGAGCAGUGAUGGUGUCGGUGUAAUUGGUAGUAAAAUAAGAUCUAAGAGCGUUGAUGGUAUGACGACAGCCGAAUCGGAGCUGGCAAGGAUGACAGCAGCAAGCAAUCAUCAGCCAUCUAGUCCGUUGCCGCACGGAAGUCCUCAGAGGUCAAGGUUUUCUAUCGGGACCUCUUCAAGUCAGCAAUCACCAAAGAGUAGCAUGUCUCCGAAGCCGGGGAGAAAGUCACGGUCUCCUUUUGGUCGGAGAGACAGAACUUUAUCACCUUCCAGCAAAGACAGGUCACCAGCGAGGUUCAAAGCGAGCAUCUUAAAGCAGGAAGCAGUGAAGGAAGUGGCUCAUACAGCCAUUGCAACGUCGGUGGCAGAGUGUGUACGUUGUGUGUUUGCAGCCUUUCUAUGGCACGAGGGAUUAGUCCAUGAUGCCAUGGCUUGCGCAUCGUUUCUCAAGUUUAACCCAGGGAUGACCAAGCAAUCUACAUGUACCAUUAGUCCUCAGGAACCGGUCAACACUCAUAACAAAAGAGAACUCAAGCUAAAGAAUAGACACUCCAUGGAUCUUAGCAAGAGCAUGUCUGAUGGAAUCUUCUUCAGUUCGUCAGAGUUCUCCAUUCAGGAGCACCCGCUUAAUCAGAAUAUAAUGUCAAACUGUCGGCUGAGCGAUAAGACUCUAGAAGAAGCUAAGAAAGGACUUGAGUCUGCUCCGGCUCCUCAAACAGUACCAACUUCACCUCUUGCCAAGUCUUUCAAUCCCAUCCCUUCCAGUGCACCUGAGAAUGAUGCAACAGCUGCGGUCAAAGCUGCUUCUGCAUUCCUGCCCCCUGCAUCACCCAAACACUCUCCAAAAACUGUUCCCAAACCUUCCCAUGAUGCAAUCGCGAAGAAGGUACAGCAAUCACCAAAGAAGCUUAUAAGUGCUGCAGAGAAAAAUCUGGACUUUGCAGAGAUGAGGGAAAGAUCGGCUACUGUCGGGGCAGAGUAUGCCACCAAAACUUCUCAAAAGGAGUCGGCCAAUAAGCUUGCCAAAGAUGCUGAAUCAAAACUAUCAUUGCCAAUCACUCUCAAACAUCUUCUAACAUUCUGGGAUGAGUUGACAUCAACAACAGUCAACAUUGCUUCCCAACAGGUCUUGCUUCCGAGCCCUGCCCCGAUCACCAAGACCAAAGCAAAGAUUGAGAAGAAGGAAGAGCGUCCCGUGCGGGAGAACAAAGGCAAGAAACGCAGGGAGAAGUACUUUCGUGGCGGACAUGGUAACUUGUUUGGCGAAGCUGCAGGUGUCCAAGCUAGGAUGGGUGACUUUGAUAAGAUCUGUGACUUAUGCUUAGGAGUGUUUCCUCACCCUGUCACCUACCAUAUGAGGCAAAUGCAUCCAGGGUGUGGCAAAACUGCUUUGGGACAUGGUUACAACAGCAGUGGAGUCUACAGGAAUGGCUUUGUCGGGAACUGUGGGGAAGGCGGUACAGUAGGGAGGGACUGGUACCUCAUGUGUGAACGUUGCAGAGAGAAAUACAUGCACGAUGCAGAGGACAAGAACAAAGACAAAGCUAAGAAGGUCCGUAAGAAAGUACCGUCUCUGAAAGCCCCUCGCGUCCUGCCACCUCUCGAAGCCCACCAGGUCAUGAAGGCAAAUGCAAUGUUUCUACUGGACUUAGCUAGCGCCACUGGAUCCAUGUUCCCCAGCUCCAGCCCGAUGAGGAAGAUCACAAGGUUUGAUCUUCCUACGGUGUCAGAGUCGGAUUCCUUUAUGACGCAGUUUCCUGACACGACCUUUAGGUUCCUGAAUGUCAUGGCGAGUCAAGGGUCAUCGGAUGAGUUCUCUGAUGUAGAUGAAGGUAUUGCAUCUUCAUCAGGUCCUCUUACUGGAAGUGUCUUCUCAGGGCAAGAUAUUCAUUCAAGUGCCUUCUCCCAUUCCCAUCCCAAGCAUGUCAACGCAUCUUCAAUGGACCCUACCCAGCGCUUUGGUCAAUUCAGAUCUAUCUCCAUGAAUGCGUCGGGUUAUACUGCAGCACAGAGCGACAGCAGGACCAAGGUCCGCAGGAGAAACAACAGCGGAAGCUCGGACGGGUCAUCCCUUCUUCGACGGCCGUCAGCCUUACUUGCUCGUUUGAUAGAGGGUCGUUCGGUAGGCUUGUCCACCCUCCAUCGUCCGGUCAUGCUGUUCAUUGCUCAGAGGCACGACCUUGAUGGACUUCAGCUAGCUAUGAAGCAAGCGCUCAGGAAGGGAGCGUGCCGCGUGUAUGCCAUGCAGGCUUUGAACUGGCUUCUGAGAAAUGUGACUCAGUUGACCUGUCUUCAUGAUCUUCUCUGGCACUUCGUCUCUGCAUUGACACCACCCGCAGGAGAAAAGGAGACGGAAGACGACGGGGAUAGUGGCAAGGAUAAAGAGAAGGAGAAAGAGAAGGAUAAGAAAGAACCUGAGCAGGAGAUAGAUGGUCUAAUGUGUGAACAUCCACUCUCUGACAUCACCAUCGCCGGCGAGGCUAUCCAACCCCUCCCUGCCACCUUCCACAACCUACUCCAAACCAUUGCCACCGUCAUGAUGCACCUACCUACAGGGGGCGCCCUCCAGCAGAUGGCCAUGCGGUGCUGGUGUCUACGUUUCCGGCAGGCCGAUCACGUGUUCUUGCAUCGCUCCCAGGUGUUCAGUAACAUCAAUCAGAUCCUGUCUAAAUCGGACGAGAGCGAAGGAGAUGGAGAGGGCAGUAUGACCGGUAGUCUGGUGUCCAUGACCGAAUCAACCGUUACCUCGCAGAGUUCUGUGAAAGUGGAUCUGCUCCGGGACAUCACCCACUCUGUAGAGCUUCAGGUGUCCAGCCGGGCGGCCAUGUUGCCCAGUCUCACUGACAGUUCUACGGAGACCUUCUGGGAAUCUGGAGACGAGGAUAGGAAUAGGAAUAAGUUUGUCACCAUCAUCGGGAACAAGGGAAUGAGUCUCAAGAUGGUCGCCAUACAUGUGGACAACUCGAGAGACUUGGGGAACAAGGUGACAUCAAUGACCUUCCUGUCGGGGACCAGCGUAGAAUGCCUCCAGAAGAUUCAACAAUCGACCCUCGAUGCCAGGCAUACAGGAUGGGUGACUUGCGACCUCACUGGUUGUCUGGAUGGGUCAAAGGUCAUGCGUGUGGAGCUGAAGGGACCCGAUAGCCAUCUGAGGAUACGGCAGGUCAAAGUCCUCGGGGGCAGCAGAGGGGAGACUUUAUCUGCAGGUGCCCAGGUGUCAGCACUGAAUCUUCAGCAGCAGAACUGUGUCAGCGAGACCUUGAGGGUGUUCCGUCUCUUGACCUCACAGGUCUUUGGCAGGCUGCUCUCCGAUGAGGAACCAAUCACCAAAGAGAGUCAGAUCAUCAAACCCGGUGAUAUGCAAACACCAGAAGAUGAGGACACUAAUGAUAGUGACCUGAAGGAACACAUGGUUGGAAUCCUCUUCAGUCGUCCCAAACUCACCAACCUACAAAAACAGGUUUGCUCCCACAUUGUCCAAGCCAUCCGCAAGGAGACAAUCAAGAUGCAGGAUGAUUGGGAAGCCAGUCUGACAGCCACCAGUAAGCUGACUCCAUCCAGUACCCCAUCAUCAUCCGCUCCAUCGUCCUCCAUGGACCAGGUCGCCUCGACGCCCGAUGCAUACUGCUUUGAGCUCCUAUCCAUGGUCCUGGCCUUGAGUGGAUCCAGGGUAGGACGGUGUUACGUGGCCCAGCAAGACGGACUGCUCCUAGACCUGGUCUCGCUCCUUCACACCGGCACACCUCGAGUCCAGAGACAGGUGACGGCGGUCCUGCGAAGGUUCCUCCUGGAGAUUCCUCCUAAGCUCUUCAAGCAAAUCAUGGGUGUGAGCUGUCUUCCACCGGACGAUCUCAGCAUCCUGACCCAAGGCCUGUCAGAUAGGACCCUGGACAACCCUGCAGAGGAUUACCUAGGAGUCCUGGAUGUCUUCUUAGCAUGUGUGGCCAAGGCUUUGAUGGUUCAAACCAAAGUCAAAGGAGGAUGGCAGGCUGCUACGGGUAGAGGGACAGCAGAGUUUGGAGUUGGUAGAGGGGCACAUUCGUAUACCUUGGCCAAAUUACAACAGCAGAUGAGUACUGAGGAGUCACCAGCCAGGAGAUCCCGUAGCAAACAUUGGUGGCUGUGUGGUUCUAUGUCACACAACAUCGCAGAACAGAUCAUUGCUCUCAUCAAGGAUAUGUCAGCUGGUAAGAUCUCAUCAGAAUGGGCCAAAGUGACCAAAGGAGCCAUCGCAGAGAGAGUGCUGUCACUGACUAAACUUGAUGAAGCCAAGAGGGCGCCAGCACUAUGUAUCAAGACAAAUACUCUGUGGUUAUCUCUAGCAUCACUAUGUGUAUUGGAACAUGAACACGUUGAGAGAUUAUCAUCAAGUCAAUGGGCCCAAGGCAAGGACUCACCAGCUGCUAAACAAAAGCAACCAACAUGUGACAAUCAUGACGAUGGAGAAACGUCUGCUAUCAUCCAGUGUGAACACUGCGGGAACCUCUGUGCGGACUGUGAUAGGGUGCUUCAUCUACCCAAGAAACACAGGAAUCAUCAGAGAAAGGUGUUCAAAGAGGAGGAGGAGUCUAUACGUGUUGACCUCCAUGAAGGAUGUGGGCGGAGUAAGCUCUUCUGGGUCAUGACCCUCGCUGACUCCAAAACACUCAAAGCUAUGGUGGAGUUCAAGGAGAUCACACCAGGUAACACAGCGUCGAGUGGUGGUGGAUCGGUUUCCAUGGGAACUUGUCGUUUCUGUGGAACUAAGACAUCCACAGGGAUCCUAGGGCCGGCAGGAAGUGUGUGCAAUGAUCCGGAUUGCCAGCGGUAUGCUGAUAAUGCAUGUACCAAGGUGCAGGUGUGCGGUCACAUGUGUGGUGGUAUCCGUGACGAAUCCGAGUGUUUACCUUGUCUCUAUGGUUGCAAUCCACCGUCUACGCUACGUCAGGAUGCAGAUGAUAUGUGUAUGAUAUGCUUCACGGAGGCUCUAGCAUGUGCUCCAGCCAUACAGCUAAACUGUGGGCAUGUCUUCCAUCACCAUUGUUGUCAGGCAGUCCUAGAAGGGAAAUGGGUCGGUCCUAGAAUAACCUUUGGAUUCUCGCUUUGCCCCAUCUGCAAGAUGAGCAUGAAGCACACUUCCUUGCAGGAUGUUCUGAAACCCAUAGAGGUUCUCCACGAAGAUGUGAGACGCAAAGCAUUGAUGAGGGUGGAAUAUGAAGGUCUUCUGAAGAGUGAAGCGAUAACCACACCCGGAGCCAGGUUCUACAAUGAUCCUGCAGGCUUUGCUAUGAAUAGAUAUGCCUACUAUGUCUGCUUCAAGUGUAAGAAGGCUUACUAUGGAGGAGAGGCAAGAUGUGAUCAAGAAGCCGGGAUCCAAGAAGAUUACGACCCGUCAGAACUGGUCUGUGGAGCGUGUUCCGAUGUCUCUAGGGCUCAGAUGUGUUCCAAGCAUGGCACUGAUUUCCUGGAGUACAAGUGUCGUUACUGCUGCUCUGUGGCAGUGUUCUUCUGCUUCGGUUCCACUCAUUUCUGCCAGGCUUGCCAUGAUGACUUUCAGAGUAUCACCACCAUUCCUAAGGCUGAACUGCCUCAUUGUCCAGCUGGUGCCCGAGCCAAGCAACUGGAAGGAGAUGAAUGUCCCCUCCAUGUUCAACAUCCGCCUACGGGAGAAGAGUUUGCUUUGGGAUGCGGUGUGUGCAGGAACGCUCAUACGUUCUAGGGAUUCCACCAAGAGAGGGCGGCAGAUGAACUUCAACAAGGUUCCCAAACAGAGUCACAUGUCACAUGGCACCCAUGUGUGCACAAAGUUAAGAAUGUUACUACUAAUCUUCUCAUGAGGAGAUUGUGGAUAUGGUGUGUGUUGGAAGGCUCGGACAUUCCAGAGAUUCCACCAAGACAGUGUAGAACUUCAACCCAUGUGAGCCCCAAACUUCAGGACCUCACUGAUAUAUAAUGAGUGGAGAAGAAUUUGGGAUAUGGUGGAUAUUGGAAUGCUUAUACAUGUGAGUAUAGCCACCUCAUUUGCUGAGAGUACAGAAUUUCACCAAGAUCAACUCUGUGUGCUUCCAUCAAGAUCCAUCUACAAGGAAUUUUCUUGUGGAUGUAGCAUGUGCCAUCUCCUGGACUUCACCAAGAUGUCAGGGACACAGUUCUAUCAUCUGCAGGAGAGUAUUCAGGAUUUGUCUUGCUUUAAAUUGGUAGGCUUGGAUCAAAUCUUUGUACCUUCCUUGAAGAAAAAAUGAGUAAUGGAUCAGACAGAUUUCAUGUCUAUCCUGGCUGUCCAAUGUGGUACAUCCUUUGAACCAACCAGAGUGAUACAUGGUCAAUACCAUAUUGACAUAACAUUGAUACCACGUUGACACCACAAUGACACCACUCUGUAAACUGCACACCAAGGCCACACCAGAACACACCUUUAGUGAUCACUUGGGUGUUAAAUCUUCAUGGCAUGCCUCCGAUAAACCUCCACAACUUGCAAAACACAACUGUUUCCUUUUCAGGAUCGAUUCAUGACAGGAGUCCAUAUUACAGGUCAAGGUAAUUCUCUAUUAAACACAGUCUCAGCAUUAGCGUGAACCAAAGCUGUUUAAACACACAGAAGUUUAUUUUGUGGAGGGUGUUGAUAUUUUUAUAACUGACACUGCACUGACUGUUUGCAAUUUGGACAGUUUCCAUGCUUUGAAGCCUGUUUCUAUUGUGUAAAAUGAAAACUCCAUGAUGUGAACAUAAGUCACAGUUAAAUUCUCGAUAUUUUUAUUGCAAUUUGAAAUAAACUCAUGGUCGGCAUAAAGACGAGUUCAGUGUGUUAUUUCAUUUUAGGAAUCUUUUAUAGAUGUACAGUAUUAGCAGAAAGGUAGUGAUACUCUUGCAACCAAAGUCUAAAGAUAAUUCCAUGUUUGACAUGAAACAAGAAGUUGUUGAAGAUUAGAUUGGUCUUAGUUUCAUGUCUCUAUCAAAUCAUUAAUGUUGUGUAAUUCUGAAAUACAGGCUCUGCAUAAGAGAAAUGAAAUUAGAAGAUAUGUGUAUUUGUUUUUUUUUUUUCAAAACUAAGUCUGGCAAGAUCUUAAAGAUACAUCUAUUAAGUUAUUGAUUAGCUUUGAAAUAUUUGAAUUAUGUUGAUAUGUAUAUCUGUUACUCAUAAAAAGGACUAGGUCAUUCAUUUUUAUGUAUCAUCCCUCCUAAAUGGCCAUUCCAAUAUCAAUUAAUUUGAUCUGCUAUUCCUACUAUUGCAAGAAUUGAAAUCAAAGACUCUAUAUAGUAUGUUAAUGAGUUGUUAUAUGAUAGUUUAUGAAUCAAGUGAACUAACUUGGACUGUAAGAUGAAAUAGUGUAUUUCUGAUGCAUUAUUGUUUGUUUGAAAAUAUUGAUUUGAAUCUAUAGUAUGUAAAAGCUCAUGAAUUAAAGUAAUAUUGGUGCCAAACAUUAAUUCUUAACACCAAUUCUUAACAUGCCGUUGUUGUUCAAUCGGCUAAAAAAAAAAUACACAUGAAUUCCAUACAGCUACAAUUCACCUUCAUAUUAAUUAACAUGUGCUUGACUCUAAAAUGCCUCUAUCAGAUACUCACAAUAUGAAUG